ACAAGAUGGCGGCUGAAGGCGAUCCGGAGUGGGGCCCCAGCAAUUCGGAUUGAGCCUUCUCCCUCCACCCGCUUCCGCCGGCCGGGCCCCUCCCGCCCGGCCCCGCGGGCCUCCCCACCCGGCCCCGGCGCCCCCACGCUCCCCUCCCCCUCCGCUUUCCCUUCUCCCCCCCCCGCCGGAGCUCCGACAUGAGGGGCCGGCGGGGCAGGCCGCCCAAGCAGCCUGCGGCUCCCGCAGCCGAGCGCUGCGCCCCGGCCCCGCCGCCGCCGCCGCCGCCGCCGCCCACGUCCGGACCCAUCGGGGGGCUCCGCUCGCGGCACCGCGGCAGCAGCCGGGGCAGGUGGGCCGCCGCCCAGGCUGAGGUGGCGCCCAAGACGCGGCUGAGCUCGCCCAGGGGGGGCGGCAGCAGCCGGAGGAAGCCGCCGCCGCCGCCGCCGCCGGCCCCCCCCAGCACCAGCGCCCCGGGCCGGGGGGGGCGAGGAGGCGGGGGCGGCAGGACGGGGGGCGGGGGCGGCGGCGGCCACCUGGCCCGGACCACCCCGGCCCGGAGGGCCGUCAACAAAGUGGUGUACGAUGACCACGAGAGCGAGGAGGAGGAGGACAUGGUCUCCGAGGAGGAGGACGGCGACGCCGAGGAGACCCAGGACUCGGAGGGCGACGAGGAAGACGAGAUGGAAGAGGACGACGAUGACUCCGAUUAUCCGGAGGAGAUGGAAGACGAUGACGACGACGCCAGUUACUGCACGGAAAGCAGCUUCAGGAGCCAUAGCACCUACAGCAGCACUCCAGGUAGGCGAAAACCAAGAGUACAUCGGCCUCGUUCUCCAAUAUUGGAAGAAAAAGACAUCCCACCCCUUGAAUUCCCCAAGUCCUCUGAGGAUUUAAUGGUGCCUAAUGAGCAUAUAAUGAAUGUUAUUGCCAUUUAUGAGGUACUGCGGAACUUUGGCACUGUUUUAAGGUUAUCUCCUUUUCGCUUUGAGGACUUCUGCGCAGCUUUAGUGAGUCAAGAGCAGUGUACACUUAUGGCGGAGAUGCACGUUGUGCUUUUGAAAGCAGUUUUGCGUGAAGAAGACACUUCCAAUACUACCUUUGGACCUGCUGAUCUGAAAGAUAGCGUCAAUUCCACGCUCUAUUUCAUAGAUGGAAUGACGUGGCCGGAGGUGCUGCGGGUGUACUGUGAGAGUGAUAAGGAGUACCAUCAUGUGCUUCCUUACCAAGAAGCAGAGGACUAUCCUUAUGGACCAGUAGAGAACAAAAUCAAAGUUCUGCAGUUCUUAGUCGAUCAGUUUCUUACCACAAAUAUUGCUCGUGAGGAAUUGAUGUCCGAAGGGGUGAUUCAGUAUGAUGACCAUUGUAGGGUUUGUCACAAACUUGGGGAUUUGCUUUGCUGUGAGACAUGUUCAGCAGUAUACCAUUUGGAAUGUGUGAAACCACCUCUUGAGGAGGUGCCAGAGGAUGAGUGGCAGUGUGAAGUCUGUGUAGCACAUAAGGUGCCUGGAGUGACUGACUGUGUUGCUGAAAUCCAAAAAAACAAACCAUAUAUUCGACAUGAACCUAUUGGAUAUGACAGAAGUCGGAGGAAAUACUGGUUCUUAAACCGAAGACUCAUAAUAGAGGAAGAUACAGAAAAUGAAAAUGAAAAGAAAAUUUGGUACUACAGUACAAAGGUCCAGCUUGCAGAAUUAAUUGACUGUCUAGACAAAGAUUACUGGGAAGCAGAACUCUGCAAAAUUCUGGAAGAAAUGCGUGAAGAAAUCCACCGGCACAUGGACAUAACUGAAGACUUGACCAAUAAGGCUAGGGGUAGUAAUAAAUCCUUUCUGGCGGCAGCUAAUGAAGAAAUUUUGGAAUCCAUAAGAGCAAAAAAGGGAGAGAUCGAUAUUGUUAAAAACCCGGAAGAAAUAGAAAAGGACAACAGUGAGACCGAGAAUAACUCCAAAGAUGCUGAGAAAAGUAGAGAGGAAUUUGAAGACCAGUCUCUUGAGAAAGACAACGACAGCAAGACACCAGAUGAUGAUCCUGAGCAAGGAAAAUCUGAGGAGCCAACAGAAGUUGGGGAUAAAGGUAACUCUGAGUCAACAAAUCUUGGCGACAACACAACAAAUGCUUCUUCAGAAGAGACUAGUCCCUCUGAAGGGAAGAGUCCCGUGGGGUGUCUCUCAGAAACCCAUGAUAGCAGCAACAUGGCAGAGAAGAAGGUGGCAUCUGAGCUCCCCCAGGAUGUGCCAGAAGAACCUAACAAGACAUGUGACAGCAGUAACACUAGUGCUACCACUACCUCCAUUCAGCCUAAUCUGGAAAACAGUAACAGCAGCAGUGAAUUAAGUUCUUCCCAGAAUGAAUCUGCUAAGGCAGCUGAUGAUCCUGACAAUGGAGAAAGAGAGUCUCACACACCUGUCUCUAUUCAAGAAGAGAUAGGUGAUUUCAAAUCAGAAAAGUCUAAUGGGGAAAUAAGUGAGUCUCCUGGAGGUGGACGAGGAGCAUCCGGUUCAACUCGAAUUAUCACGAGAUUACGGAAUCCAGACAGCAAGCUUAGUCAGCUGAAGAGCCAACAGGUGGCAGCUGCAGCCCAUGAAGCAAAUAAGUUAUUUAAGGAGGGCAAAGAGGUACUGGUAGUUAACUCUCAAGGAGAAAUUUCGCGUUUAAGCACCAAAAAGGAAGUGGUCAUGAAAGGAAAUAUCAACAAUUAUUUUAAGUUGGGUCAAGAAGGGAAAUAUCGUGUCUACCACAAUCAAUACUCCACCAAUUCAUUUGCUUUGAAUAAGCACCAGCACAGGGAAGACCAUGAUAAGAGAAGACAUCUUGCACACAAAUUCUGUCUGACUCCAGCAGGAGAGUUCAAAUGGAAUGGUUCUGUCCACGGGUCCAAAGUUCUUACAAUAUCUACUCUGAGACUGACCAUCACCCAACUGGAAAACAAUAUCCCUUCAUCUUUUCUUCAUCCCAAUUGGGCUUCACACAGGGCAAAUUGGAUCAAGGCAGUUCAGAUGUGUAGCAAACCCAGAGAAUUUGCGCUGGCUUUAGCUAUUUUGGAGUGUGCAGUUAAACCAGUUGUGAUGCUACCAAUAUGGCGGGAAUCUUUAGGACACACCAGGUUACACAGGAUGACAUCAAUUGAAAGAGAAGAAAAAGAGAAAGUCAAAAAAAAGGAGAAGAAACAAGAAGAGGAAGAAACGAUGCAACAAGCUACGUGGGUGAAAUAUACAUUUCCAGUUAAACAUCAGGUUUGGAAACAAAAAGGAGAGGAAUACAGAGUAACAGGAUAUGGUGGUUGGAGCUGGAUUAGUAAAACUCACGUCUAUAGGUUUGUUCCUAAAUUGCCAGGCAAUACUAAUGUGAAUUACAGAAAGUCAUUUGAAGGAACCAAAACUAAUAUGGAUGAAAAUAUGGAUGAAUCAGAUAGAAGAAAAAGCCCACGAAGUCCAAAAAAAAUAAAAACAGAGCCUGAUCCUGAGAAAGACGAGGUAAAAGAUUUAGGUGCAGCAAGAGAAACAGACCAAAGUGAAAUGGACAUUUCAAAGAUUACUGAGAAGGACCGAGAUAUAAAAGAAGACUUAGAUUCUGACAAUGAUAGAUCCUUUAAGGAAGAGCCAAUGGAAAUAGAUGAUGAUGUGAAAACAGAGUCACAUAUAAACUGUCAGGAAAGUUCUCAAGUAGAUGUGGUCAAUGUCAGUGAGGGUUUUCAUCUAAGGACUAGUUAUAAAAAGAAAAUUAAGUCAUCCAAACUAGAUGGACUUCUUGAAAGGAGAAUUAAACAGUUUACACUGGAAGAAAAACAGCGACUUGAAAAAAUGAAGUUGGAGGGUGGAAUUAAGGGUGCAGGAAAGACCUCUACAAGUUCUUUGAAAAGUCUGUCUGAGUCACCAGUAAUAACAAAAGCAAAAGAAGGGUGUCAAAGAGACUUGCUUAGACAAGAACAAAGUUCUAAUGCAAGUAAUGAUAAAUCUGAAGACUUUAUUCAGGAAUGCUCAGAAAGUGAUUCCUCAAUUCUAGGAAUCAGUGAUCCUGAUCAUACCACAAGUAAACUUUAUCCAAAAGAUCAAAUGUUAGAGGACGUCUCCAUUCAGAGCCCAGAGACAGACUGUCAGAAACAAAAUUCUGUUGGAAAUAACAUAGAUGAGAGGCUCUCUGAACCAGCCAGUAAAGGCUUGGAACCCAGUAAGAUUAAAACAAAAGGAAGUGAUUUUCUCAUUGAUGACUUUAAAUUAGCCAGUGCAGAUGAAAUUGGUACUUUGAUUUCUAAGAACAAAAAACCACUCACACAGCAGAAUAAUAACACCAUUGUUUCUCCUUCCCAGAGCCCUUUAUUUCCAUCAGUAUCUAAAAGUACAGACAGAGAUAUUUCAUCUCUGUCAAAAGCAAUGGACUUUGAAGGAAAAUUGGGGUGUCACUUUGAAUAUAACAGCACUUUGGAAAAUAGUUCUGAUACUAUAUCUAUUCAAGACAGUGAAGAAGAUAUGAUUGUUCAGAAUAGCAAUGACAGUGUUUCUGAGCAGUUCAUAACUCAAGAACAAGGUAUUGAAGGCAUGGAACCAUUGAAAUGUGAGUUUGUUUCAGAUAAGUCCACUGGAAAAUGUGAUGACAGACUUCAGGGUAAGAUAACUGAAACAAAUGGUAAAAAAACAAGUCAAGAACAAAAAUUAGAGGAGAGACCAGUUAAUAAAUGUAUUGAUCAAAUAAAUCUAAAAAGUAGCACUGACAAAAAGAAUAAUGAAAGUCGAGAGUCUGAAAAGAAAGGACAGAAAGCAAGUACUUUUCAAAUUAAUGGAAAAGAUAAUAAACCUAAAGUAUAUUUGAAAGGUGAAUGCUUGAAAGAAAUCUCUGAGAGUAAAGUAGUAAGUGGUGACGUUGAACCAAAGGUUAAUAAUAUAAAUAAAGCAAUUCCUGAAAAUGAUAUCAAAUCUUUGACUGUUAAAGAAUCUGUAAAACCAUUCAUGAAUGGUGAUGUCAUCAUGGAAGAUUUUAAUGAAAAAAACAACUUGGAAACAAAAUCAUGUUCACUGAGAUCUUCAGAUUCUGAACGUGACGACCAAGAUGGCCUAGAAACCCUGCCCUUAACCAGAGAGAGUGAGAGAGCACAAACUACCACACCACCCCCAUGCCCAGAAAGCAGUGCAGUGAAUCAGGUGGAAGAUAUGGAAAUUGAAACCUCAGAAGUUAAGAAAGUUUCUCCAUCACCUAUUACUUCUGGAGAGGAAUCUAACCUCAGUAAUGAUUUUAUUGAUGAAAAUGGCCUGCCCACCAACAAAGAUGAAAAUGUCAAUGGAAAUUUUAAAAGAAAAACAGUCAUCACUGAAGUCACCACCAUGACAUCCACAGUGGCCACAGAGUCAAAAACUGUGAUCAAAGUCGCAAAAGGUGAUAAGCAAACUUUGGUCUCUUCCACAGAAAAUUGUGCCAAAUCUACUGUCACAACCACUACCACAACAGUCACAAAGCUUUCCACACCUUCCCCGGGCAGCAGUGUGGACAUCAUCUCUGUGAAGGAGCAGAGCAAAACGGUGGUCACCACAACAGUGACCGACUCGCUGACCACCGCAGGAGGCACUCUGGUAACAUCUAUGACUGUGAGCAAAGAAUAUUCCACAAGAGACAAAGUGAAACUCAUGAAAUUUUCAAGACCCAAGAAGACUCGUUCAGGUACAGCUCUACCAUCCUACAGGAAGUUUCUCACCAAGAGCAGCAAGAAGAGCAUAUUCGUUUUGCCUAAUGAUGACUUAAAAAAGUUGGCCAGAAAAGGAGGAAUCCGAGAAGUCCCUUAUUUUAAUUAUAACGCUAAACCUGCCUUGGAUAUAUGGCCAUAUCCUUCUCCUAGACCAACCUUCGGUAUCACUUGGAGGUAUAGACUCCAGACUGUAAAGUCCUUAGCUGGAGUGAGCCUCAUGUUACGCUUACUGUGGGCAAGUCUGAGAUGGGAUGACAUGGCAGCCAAGGCUCCUCCAGGCGGAGGGACCACUCGCACAGAAACAUCCGAAACUGAAAUCACAACAACUGAAAUAAUUAAGAGACGAGAUGUUGGUCCUUAUGGCAUUCGGUCUGAAUACUGUAUCAGGAAAAUAAUUUGCCCCAUUGGAGUUCCGGAAGCACCAAAAGAAACACCUACACCCCAGAGGAAAGGCCUUCGAUCAAGUGCAUUACGGCCGAAGAGACCAGAAACGCCCAAGCAAACUGGCCCUGUUAUUAUUGAAACUUGGGUAGCAGAGGAAGAGUUGGAAUUAUGGGAGAUCAGGGCGUUUGCUGAGAGAGUGGAGAAAGAAAAGGCACAAGCAGUUGAGCAACAAGCUAAGAAACGGUUGGAACAGCAGAAACCUACAGUAAUUUCAGCUUCCACGACUUCCCCAACAAACAGUACGACUAGUACCAUCUCUCCAGCACAGAAAGUUAUGGUGGCCCCCUUAAGUGGCUCAGUUACAACUGGAACUAAAAUGGUACUAACCACUAAAGUAGGAUCUCCAGCUACAGUAACAUUCCAGCAGAACAAGAACUUCCAUCAGACCUUUGCUACAUGGGUUAAGCAAGGCCAGUCAAAUUCAGGCGUUGUUCAAGUACAGCAAAAAGUCCUGGGUAUCAUUCCAUCAAGUACAGGUACAAGUCAGCAAACAUUUACUUCAUUCCAGCCCAGGACAGCAACAGUCACAAUUAGGCCCAAUACCACAGCCUCUGGAGGAACCACAAGCACUUCACAAGUAAUCACAGGGCCUCAGAUCCGCCCUGGUAUGACAGUGAUUAGAACACCACUCCAACAGUCAACACUAGGAAAGACAAUUAUUCGAACACCUGUGGUGGUACAGCCAGGUACUCCUCAACAAGUGGUAACUCAGAUCAUCAGAGGGCAGCCUGUUUCCACUGCAAUCUCUGCUCCUAAUGCAGUUUCCUCAACACCUGGGCAGAAAGGGUUAACUUCAGGAACAUCCACUGCAAAUCUGCAGUCUUCAACCUCACCAUCCCCUCGCCCCCAACAAGGACAGGUGAAGCUUACCAUGGCUCAACUCACUCAGUUAACACAGGGCCAUGGUGGCAAUCAAGGUUUGACAGUAGUAAUUCAAGGACAAGGUCAAACUACUGGGCAGUUGCAGUUGAUACCUCAAGGGGUGACUAUACUUCCAGGUCCAGGACAGCAGCUGAUGCAAGCUGCAAUGCCAAAUGGUACUGUUCAGCGGUUCCUCUUUACCCCAUUGGCAACAACAGCCACAGCAGCCAGCACCAGCACCACCACCACUGUUUCCACCACAGCAGCAGGUACAGGUGAACAAAGACAGAGUAAAUUGUCACCCUCAACACAGGUGCAACAAGCCAAAUCCCUGCCACCAGCUCAGUCAUCAAGUGUGAGUCCUCCAGAUUCCCAGCCACAGACUGCUCAGCCUUCAGCUCAGCCUCAGCCCCAAACUCAGCCCCAGUCCCCAGCUCAGCCUGAAGUUCAGACUCAGCCUGAAGUUCAGACCCAAGCAACUGUUGCAUCCCAUGUCUCUUUGGAAGCACAACCCACCCAAACUCAGUCAUCCAAACCCCAAGUUGCAGUACAGUGUCAGCCUCAAAGUAAUGUCCAAGGACAGCCGCCUGCUCGCGUCCAAAGUCCACCACAGACUCGAAUACGUCCAUCAACUCCAUCCCAGGUGUCUCCUGGACAGCAAUCCCAAGUUCAGACUACAACUUCACAACCGAUUCCAAUUCAGCCACAUACAUCUCUUCAGAUACCUUCCCAGGGCCAGCCACAAUCACAACCCCAGGUACAGUCUUCACCUCAAACUCUUUCAUCGGGACAAACGUUAAGUCAAGUUACUGUUUCAUCCCCAUCCUGUCCUCAGCUACAAAUACAGCAGCCACAGCCCCAAGUCAUUGCUGUGCCUCAGCUGCAACAACAAGUCCAGGUUCUCUCUCAGAUCCAGUCGCAGGUUGUGGCUCAGAUACAGGCUCAGCAAGGUGUUGUGCCCCAGCAAAUCAAACUCCAAUUACCUAUUCAAAUUCAGCAAAGCAGUCCUGUGCAGACUCACCAGAUUCAGAAUGUGGUUACAGUGCAGGCAGCCAGUGUGCAAGAGCAGUUGCAAAGGGUUCAGCAACUCAGGGAUCAGCAGCAAAAGAAGAAACAGCAACAGAUAGAGAUUAAGCGGGAACACACCCUCCAAGCAUCUAAUCAAAGUGAAAUCAUUCAGAAACAGGUGGUGAUGAAGCAUAAUGCUGUCAUAGAACAUUUAAAACAGAAAAAGACCAUGACUCCAGCUGAAAGAGAGGAGAAUCAAAGAAUGAUUGUCUGUAACCAGGUGAUGAAGUAUAUUUUGGAUAAGAUAGAUAAAGAAGAAAAACAAGCAGCGAAAAAACGAAAGCGUGAAGAGAGUGUGGAACAGAAACGUAGCAAGCAGAAUGCUACCAAGCUCUCUGCACUGCUCUUCAAACACAAAGAGCAGCUCAAAGCAGAAAUACUGAAAAAGAGAGCUCUCUUGGACAAAGACCUACAAAUUGAAGUGCAGGAAGAGCUCAAGAGAGACCUGAAAAUUAAGAAAGAAAAAGAAAUGGUGCAGGCCACUGCAGCAGCUACCACUCCCCCUGCAGCACCUCCUGCGCCUCCAGCCCCUCCGCCUUCGCCUCCACCUCCACCUCCACCUCCCCCGCAGCACUCGGGGCCACAGGCCUCAGCCACAGCCUCGGCCACGCUGUCUGCAGCUUCUCAGAAGAGGAAGCGAGAAGAGGAAAGAGACUCGAGCUCCAAGUCCAAGAAGAAGAAAAUGAUUUCUACUACCUCAAAGGAAACUAAGAAGGACACAAAGCUUUAUUGUAUCUGUAAAACGCCUUACGAUGAAUCUAAGUUCUAUAUUGGCUGUGAUCUUUGUACUAACUGGUAUCAUGGAGAAUGUGUUGGCAUCACAGAAAAGGAGGCUAAGAAAAUGGAUGUGUACAUCUGUAAUGAUUGUAAACGGGCACAAGAGGGCAGCAGUGAGGAAUUGUACUGUAUCUGCAGAACACCUUAUGAUGAGUCACAAUUUUAUAUUGGCUGUGAUCGGUGUCAGAAUUGGUACCAUGGGCGCUGUGUUGGCAUCUUGCAGAGUGAGGCAGAGCUCAUUGACGAGUAUGUCUGUCCACAGUGCCAGUCGACAGAGGAUGCCAUGACAGUGCUCACGCCACUAACAGAGAAAGAUUAUGAGGGUUUGAAGAGGGUGCUGCGUUCUCUCCAGGCCCAUAAGAUGGCCUGGCCCUUCCUGGAACCAGUGGAUCCUAAUGAUGCACCAGAUUAUUAUGGUGUUAUUAAAGAGCCUAUGGACCUUGCCACCAUGGAAGAAAGAAUACAAAGACGAUAUUAUGAAAAGCUGACGGAAUUUGUGGCAGAUAUGACCAAAAUUUUUGAUAACUGUCGUUACUACAAUCCAAGUGACUCCCCUUUUUACCAGUGUGCAGAAGUUCUUGAAUCAUUCUUUGUACAGAAAUUGAAAGGAUUCAAGGCCAGCAGGUCUCAUAACAACAAGCUGCAGUCUACAGCUUCUUAAAGUUCAGCGUGUUAACCUAAACAUAAAACAGCAAGAAUCUGGUUGUCUGAACUAUUUUAAAUUAAGGAGCCAGAUGUUUUUAGUCAGGUUAUCCUGACAAGACUUGACCUAAACUUCGUUUUUAUUGGUCAUAACAGUCCAGUUUUAUUCUUGACCAAUUUUGUCCAACGGACAAGGGAAAAGCGAAGUCAACGACACCAUUAUCUUGUCAAGAUCAAAUGGUUUUACUAUUGUGGCAGAAGCGGGAAAACUUUGUUUAUUGAAAAAAAAAGAAAAAGGAAAGCAAGAAAAAAAGAUAAUAUGGGGUCAAGUUUAACUCCAUGGAAAUGCCACGUCUGCUCUUCAGUGAAGAAGCUGGUUUAGAGUCUCACAGAAAACUUUUGACUGUAUUUAUUUAUUGUUGCAAAAAAAAAAGACGCUUUUUUAUUGCUGCCCUCAUUUGUCAGCUAAUUAUUUUUUCUUAUAAAAUCCAGCCCUGGUUACAUGUAAUCCAUUCUGUAUCUUAUCAUGAUUCCUAUAGGUAAAAGUACAAGACGACCUCUAGAUGUCUUUUCUUUCUAUGAAAGGAGCUGCUAUGUACACAUGUGCACACACACACAACUGGGAAUCAACAAUGAGUUUAUUGUUCAUGGUAGAGAAAAAUUAAGCUUGCAUAAAGGUUGAGCUAAGUGGUCCUGGACUACAGACUCUGUUGCCUUGAAUAUAACAGUACAAUUUGUCAUUUACUCUGCACCAGGCUAAAAUGAGUAAAAUCUAUUUGAAGGUAUCUUGUUUGUAAACAUUUGUCAGAUUCUAAUUUUUUUCUUUUUGUAUUAAAAUUCAACUAUGGAUGUAUAUGAAACAAAAUAAAUGGAGAUCAUUUUUCUCCCACAGACGGUG